AUGUUCCUGAUGUCUUCACCUGAGUUGGUUUCGAUUGAUCUGGAUAUUCUUAGACAAGUCCUCGUGAGAAACUUCGACUGCUUCACGGACCGAACUAAUCUCCUGAACGUUGAUCCUACUGAUCAGACAUCAUUACUGGCUACUUCGCUGGUCUCAUUGAAAGGACUGCAUUGGUUCAAUGUUCGUAGUCUUGUGGCACCUGCGUUCUCCACUGGAAAAAUCAGACUGGUUCGACUUGCUAUUCGACUUGAGUGUAUUAUUAGCAGCAGAGCUUCGCCGUAUUGCAGCACUGGACUAUUUCAGAUGGUGCCAAUUUUCAAUGAGUGUUCAAAAAUCUGUAUAGCAAUAAUUGAGAAAUACGCACUGGAUGGCAGACCGGUGCCUAUAAAAGAUGUCAUUACUCGACUCACGCUGGAUAUGACGGCCAGAUGUGCAUUCGGUUACGAUUUCAACGUGCAGCACAACACAGAGUCGCCAUUUAUCAAAUUCGCUCAAAAAUUCUCUGAAAUGGAUCUCCGCUCUCCAGAGAUAGCA